ACGUAUGCAUUUUCCCCAUUUUCCCUCACAAGCACCUGACAUCGAGCCAGUUCGGUGUUGCUUCGCACGUGAGAGGAGCCGUUUUGUUCCUGUUUUUCUUUGCACACAAAGACCUUAGUUUACACCGGACGGUUAAGUUUUUAGCGAAUAGUGAAUGUGUUGAUUUAUAUUUUACCGAUUUUUAUUUGUAACGAAACUAACGAAAAGGUGCGCUGUGCGAGUAAUGUAGCCUCUAAAUCAGUGCAGCGUGUUAUGCAACGUGUACGCCCAGUAGUGCCUUCACCGGAAGUACAGCCCGUCCAGCAUGGACAGCGGUGGCGAGGCUGAAGUGUGGUGAAAUUUUCACGGCAACUUCAACACCCUGCCAGUGGCCAUAAAACAGGGUGUGUCCAUCACCGCGCAGUCCCUCAAACCCCUCAUUCCCACCAAACGGUAGAAGUGGCCGCACACAACCAGCAUAAAACACAAUGUUGACCUUUCACCAAAGCGCACGACGACGAGCGUGACGGGCGAACACGAGCACGCUUGACGUAAAACCGCAACCAGUAACUUGGUGUAUCCUUGGCGGUCUGGAUACUACACGGUACCACGGUACCAACCGUCCCAAGAAGCAGGAGCAGCAUAGGAGGAGGGUUUGUGUGUGAUCAAUAUCGCCUGUACCUUCCUUAGUUCUCUUGCUCUCACGGGCAAAAGAGUUUGGAUGUGAUACUGGUGAAAUCCUAAAUCGCGGACCAGAAGUGUGUGUGCUGUUGCUUGAACACUACCGUUGUGGUUGGGUGGCAAAUCGGUGCCGUCGCCACCAUGGGGCUGUUCGAUAAGCUGGCCAACAUGCUGAAGAUGAAAAAGGAGCAGAUCAACAUACUGGUAGUGGGAUUGAACAACAGCGGCAAGUCGACGAUAGUGAACCAUUUCAAAAAUCCCAACGAACGAACGUCGAUCGUGGUACCGACGGUGGGAUUCAGUGUGGAGCGAUUUGAAAUUUGCCUUUUAAUUCCAGAUCAGGGAGUGUUCUUUACCGCGUUCGAUAUGUCCGGUGCCACGCGGUACCGCAGCCUGUGGGAGCAUCACUUCAAAUCCUGCCAGGGAAUAGUGUUUGUGAUCGAUUCCAGCGAUCGGAUGCGGUUGGUGGUUGUGAAGGACGAACUGGAAAUUCUACUGCAGCACCCAGACAUUGCCAACCGGCGCGUGCCCAUCCUUUUCUUUGCCAACAAGAUGGACUGCACCGAUGCGCUGUCGAGCGUGAAGAUUGCGGCCGGGCUGGGGCUGGAAAAGAUCAAAGACAAACCGUGGCACAUUAGCUCGAGCAAUGCGCUUACCGGCGAGGGGCUGCAGGAUGGCGUCCAGUGGAUGGUGCAUCAGAUCAGAGAGUGUGUGGCGAACAGCAAGGAGCAUCGGUAGAGUAAUGGUGCAGCGCAUUUUGGGUGUGACCAGCGUGUGGUGAUGAAAUUUUCCGCGCAAUUACUCACUCAGCGCCUCAUCAUGAUUGAGUUAUGUGAUCUCUUUUAUCCUGAAUAAAGUUUAAGCUUAGCUAUGUUUUAAAAAGUGUAGGAGAAAUAAUGGAGUUUUAAAAAGGAUGUGGAGGCUUUUGGAGGGGCGUGCAACGAUGAACGAAUAAUGAUGACUGUAAGUUUUCAAAAGAAGAAAUAGAAU